AUGAUUGAUAAAUUAUUGGAUGGUAUGGGCGAUUUUGAAUAUUAUUUUUGCAAAACGCCCAUUGUCCGAUCAUCGAAGAGGCAACGUCAACAAAGUCAAGUUCCAGUUCCUGACCUUGAAAUUCCGAAAUGCAGCGCUCCGUUAACGACGCUUCAGAGCUUUUUUAAGAAAAAACCGCCUGGAAGAGAAACAUUUAGCCCGGCAUUCUCCGCAAGAGGUCAAAAUACGCCGACGUAUCAAUUUGAAACAAUACGAUUUAUUCUUUUGCUGAAAAUGCGAGCGAUUCCUUCAACAACUAUUCGGGCGAUGCUUUCUGAAUUGGAAGAUUUUGUUCCCGAACUGAAAAGCCCAGAGGUCGAAAUACCAAGGAUUACCAUCCGACGUCUGGAAUCUUCUUGUCGCGCUCAAAUUAUCAUUUGGAAGUCGUACAACAACGGCACAUAG